CAAAAUAAAUCGUAGCCCCGCCCCACGUUGGUUAAACUGCGCUUUAUUAUAAGAGUUAUUCCAGCUGUGUAUAACCGUAUCGCGAAUUCACAGGUGUGUGUAGAAAUGGAGAAAGAAGUGAAGUGUGUGAGCGGUGGAGCAGAGCGUUUCUGUUACCUUACACGAGUGCAGAGUUUCAGCGCGAGCCACCGACUGCACAGCAAAUCACUGAGUGAUGAAGAGAACAAGAGAAUAUUUGGAAAAUGCAACAAUCCCAAUGGCCAUGGGCACAACUACAAAGUUGAAGUUACAGUACAAGGAAAGAUUGACCAAAACACAGGAAUGGUGAUGAACCUCACUGAUCUUAAACAGUAUAUAGAGGAGGGAAUCAUGAAUCCACUUGACCACAAAAACCUGGAUCUGGAUGUGCCAUACUUUGCUAAUACUGUCAGCACAACUGAAAAUCUGGCAGUGUACAUCUGGGACAACAUGAUCAAGCUUCUUCCACCGAACAUGCUCUAUGAGAUCAAGGUGCAUGAGACUGACAAUAACGUUUUUGUGUAUCGAGGGGAGUAGAGCAGUUCAUUUGCUGAUGCCUGUUCAUUUCAGGCUGCAGGGCAGUAGGGGGAGGCUGUAAAUCUUGGCACUUUAGAUUUUAUUAGAUUAGAGCGAGAGGAGCACCUGCUGUGGUCUAAACAGUGUUGUAUGCUUUAGGAUUAGCGUAAGGCACAGAGAAUUUGGAUCAGCCUUCGACCAUGUGAGACUGAUCCUAUUAAACAUGGAGCUUAUGGCAGGUGUAAAUCUUUUUCUUUUCUUUUUUUUAAAUUUUGAUCAAAUUAAUUAACAGUCUUAACUUUGUUACCCAUUGUCCAUUUUUCUCAUUUUGGCCAAAUGUCCUAUUUUGUUGUUUGAGUAGGAACUAGUGUGGUAGUAUGUAGUUGUAAAGUGCAAUGUUCGACUUUUAUUUCUAUUAUUAGCUCAAAGUAUCUAAUGUAUUUGUGUUGAUUCAUUGUUUAGAGAUUUACAGAAGUUUUUCUUCCAUUAUUUCCAUUAAUGCUGUCAUACACAUUACCACUAGGUGGCACAGAUGCAGUUUGUUUAGGGAAUCCAAGAACCCAAUCUUUUUUUUUUUUUUUCUUCUCGCAGCGAUCUUUGUGAAACAUUGUAUGAAUAACCUCAACAAAGCUUUUAACUUAUUGCAUAGGGAAAGAAAUGCGUUAGUUCAUUAUCUCUGUUGGCUCAUUCUGUAUUCAAUUUUUGUUAGUUGUAUUGUCAGUAUGCCAACAUUCACAUUCCACACCGAAGACAGAACACACUUCUAAUGUGUUACUGCUGAUUUAUGCCACUGUCUGUGGUUUGCCCUGGAGUUGUGACACGUGCAUUUUUGACAAGAAAUGAGAAAUGUUCAGUGAUAUAUAUGAAGACGUAGAUAACCAGUGGCGAGCAAGUAAAUCUAAGUGUCUCUGAAGUACUUCAGAAGAAAUCAGCCUACAAAUCAAAAAUGUCUACCUAGCAAUUUAUAAAGCCAUAAAAGAGUUAAUGCUUUGCCCAUACAUAUCCCUUUAUUAAGCCAUGACUUGAACCAUUGUUUCCUGAUUUCAAUUUUCCCAUGCAUAAAAUGUGUCUGCAUGAAAGCUCCAUCCAUCCAGCAUAGAAUAAGCCUGUAAAAAGGGUUGUUAAUCAUUAUAUUGGCCUUAGUAAUACUAAUAUUGCAGAUUACUUCAAUAUGCCUUAAUGUUGCUUCACACAUUUUCAUAGUGUUUAGAAAGUAAGUCUGAUCACAACAAACAAAACCAUCAAAUUAAAGCAUGCUGAUUUUUAAUCAUGA